AAAUGGAAGCAUAGUUAGUCCUCCAAACGAUGUGAAACGAAACGGGUCAACUUCACUCACCAGACACAAAAACACAAAAAAAAAUAUAAAAAAAAAAUAAAAAAAAUAUCUAACAAAAUGGGUACUCCCAAAAUUUCGGUUGACAAAACUAAAACACAAGCAGACAAAAUCAAAGUAACAAAUGUAUAUAAUAAAUUCUGGGACUCGGAUUCGUCGAAAUUGCUCGGUUCCCUCAACGAACCAAUUCCUCUGCUGUCCAAGUAUGAGAUUCCCAAUAAAGAAAGGGAUUCCAGCACCGCCAAGGAGUUGCAAGCAGAGGAGCCUGCAGCGGAGGAGGGCCAGCUAAGAGACCAGAAGGGAAAGGAGAACUUAAUCAACAAGAUGCUUGAACAGAACCCCAGAUCAGAACCAAAGACUUCGUUCACAUCCACUCAGGACUCUGAAGAACCUUCAGAAACCAGUUUGGAAGGCAAAACAGUCGAGGAACUGAUGGAUUCUACCACUUUCAAUAGUUUUAAGACACUCUACUCUAAAGAUCGGGAACUCAAAGAGUCAGCUUCGGAAGAGACUCUUAGCGCGGAACAGAAGAUUCUUCCACAGGAUUCUGGAGAGGAGCAAAUCAAGAAUAAAAUUGAAUCGGAGAAGGACCCGGAAAAAGUAAAGGAUACUUCGAAGAAACCCGUUGUCAGCCCCAAGCCGCCUUCCAAGGAUUCUAAUUCGGAACUAGCCCCGGGAACUAAAGAAAAGGAAGAACCGAAGGAAAAAUUGGAAAUCGCCGUCAUGGAUCCAGGAAGCUGUAAAGCAGAGGAAGCGAAAAAGGACGAAAUACAGAUCUACUUUCAAAACCUGGUGGCCAUCGACAGCCAGCUAAAGAUAUCGGAUGUAACGAAUUACGUCAACGAGGACACCGAACUGAUCGAGCAAGAGAAGAGGAAAUGCUGGAGGAGCCUACUUUCAAGCGUCAGCCGCGCCACCUCCUUUUCGAACGCCUCAAGCAUCCAUUCAUCGAAGAAAUCAAGUACCCCGCGCAUCCUAAUGGCCGCCAUUCUUCAGCAAUCCGCCAAGCAGCAGUACAAACGGAAGAUCACUUUACUCCGGGAGAACUUCUCCUAUCGCAUGGGACUGAUCAAGCAGUUAAAACACGAUAUUAAAACAAAUUUCAAGAGCGAGGCCCAGCAGCUCUACUUCAACUACCACGUCACCAAGAACAACAAUCAGUACAAACCAAACCUAGGCACUUUACACAUGUCACACUCCAAAAUGAAACUAUAAGCGGACGAAGUCAUCGGUCGGUCUGUCUAUCUUGGAGUCAACGAAAGUCCAUCAGGGUCGGCUGGAGAAACUGCCAAUGGGCAAGGGACACUGCACUGAAUCGCUCGAAUUUAAUAUGUGCAUUUGUUACUCUGCAUUUUGAGGAUCUGCCGCCGUCCAAAGAGAAGACCUACCAGUUGGGCUUGCUGGCUGCCACCCAACCACCUUAUAUCUGACCUAAAAAGGGCCUUUUUAGCCGCCACUUGCCAGCAAGCUCAAAUUUGUGACAAUUCUGUUUUGCAUGUCCAAAUUAAAACCUCUCACAGUAAAGACAAUGAGAAUUGACCCAAA